AUACCUACCAUUCAAAAUGGCGUUUCAAAAGUUUAUGAACAAGAAGGACUUCCAUCCCGGUUCUUUGCGGAACAUAAAGAUGGUAUGGGAAGCAGAGCAGAAGAAAACUGCUGCAGAGAAGCGAGAGAAGGAAAUGAAAGAGUUGUAUGAAAAAGAGCAAGAGCGAUACAGGACUAGGCAAUACAUAACUGACAGUAAUGAGUCUGCCAAGCUUUCUCUUAAUUUCAUGUAUGAAGCACCACCUGGCAUGAAGAAGGAGGAUAAAGAAGAUGAAGAACCAAAGUUGGAACUCAAGUUUGACUGGCAGAAGCAAAUUCCUGAAGGAAAACAAGCACCAAGAGAGAGUUAUGCUAAAGAUCUUGACAUUAAAGACAAGCCUUUUGGUAUAGAGGUUAGGAAUGUUCACUGUAUUAAGUGCGGCAAGUGGGGUCACAUCAACACAGAUAAGAUUUGUCCACUUUUUGGGAAAUCAAAGGAAGACUUGUUUGUUCCAACUGGUGAUCCAACACUUCUCAUGCGCGAAAUGCGUAAGGAUGGGCUAGCAAUUAAAAGAAAUGCAAUGGGGCGCCAAGUUGAUCCUCAUGCCAAUAAUCAGCAAAUGAUUGCAUCUAGUGAUGAAGAAGAUGAUCCUGAGAUUGCCUUUCUGAAGAGUUUAAGUCGUAAGGACAAAAUGAAAUUGUUGAAGAAACUGGAUAAACAAGAAAGAGAGCAAGAAGGCAAGAAGCCAGUGAAGCGUAAAAAGAAAAAAAAGUCUUCAGAGAAAAAAGAAAAGUCAAGAAAGAUGAAAAAGACAGCUAAGCAUGGCAAAACUAAGACUGUUCAUAGUACUUCAGGAUCAAGUAGCACGUCAGAGAAUGAAUCUGACAGUGAUGUGGCUUUUAGAAGGAGGCAUGACAGUGAUGACGAUGAAGAUAAUGUUUUGUUGGGAGGAAGAAAUAGCCAAGAUAAUAGUCGUGAAUGUAGGUAUAGGAAGUCUGUUGAACAGAGGAUGAGGAAAUCUAGAAGCCCUUAUAGAAAAGGUACAGAUUCUUUGACCACCUCUGUUAGAAGAAAAGAAAGUCGAUCAAACAGUCCAACAAGAGAGGACACUUUGACGAGUAGGAAGAGUCAUUUGAGAUGUUCCAGGACAUCUAGUAGAAGUACAUCAAGAAGUCCAGCAAAAAGGAAGAGAAGUUCUUUAGAUACUUGUAGGAAAAAGAGGCGGAGUCGGUCACAAAGUUUAGAGAGAAAAGGGAGAAGUAUAUCAGAGAAGUCGAAAGCAAGUAAAAGAAGUCCAAUGAGAAGCAGAAGUUCUACAAGCAGUGAUGACAACAGGAGGAAUAGUCUAUCAGGCAGUUCAAGGAGGAAGAGCUUGUCAACUAGUUCUGAAAAACAUGGAAGGAAAUCUUCAAGGAGUCCUAUAAGACAAAGUAGGAGAGAAGCACAUCGUCGGCGAGAGUACAGGCGAAGUCAUUCUCAAGACAGAUGACAUGAUAUUAGAUUAGAGUUGUUUGUGUGCAACACACCUACACGCAUACAGUAUUUCUUCUAGCUAAGCUCACAUCCUACAUGUAUAGUCUGGUAAACAGGCGAACAACCUUACAUUAAUUAAAAUCGCUUCAUGAAGCAAG